AUGCCUCCUACCUAUGUGUCUCGAUUGAGAGCAAGCGCCGUAGCUGCUGGCGUGUUCGGGCGCGUGCUACGGUCUACGUGCUACAGAUCAACAGAUACGCUCGCCUGGCUGGGUGCCCGCUGCCGCCGCCGGCGCGCGCCACACUGUGCCUCGCCCCGCUCCGCCUCUCUGACGUCACACGUUGCCUCCGAACCCCGCGAUCGUUCGCUGCAUCGCAUCGCU